GUUGCUGAUAUGUACAAGCCAUCUCCAAGAGUCAGAAGCUCAGUGAUUCCUGGGCGAGAUUUGAACUACACAUCCCAUGUGGCUCCACCCACUUUGGGUAAAGGAAUAAGAACGAAACCGGUAAAUGGCACGGUAUCUUUGACAAACAGAAGCCUCAAUGGAAGUCUCAUCAAUAAAACUGUGGACUCGGCUAUCGAAACGUCUCUCACUGGCGGAGCAAAUAGGCCACCAAGCUCGGGACGGCUACACGAUCCUGACGAGUUACCACCUGCAAAUGAGGAAGUAGUAGCUGUGGAGAAUAAUGGAGUUUAUAGCCCGGAAACAGAUCCAAGAGCAGCCGCGCUGCAACGUGUGGAAGCUCGUCAAGCACGAGGCGAUGUUCCUCGACUCAGACUAGAUGGCAGCGCUUGCGAUGAUUCUCUCAUUUUGAACAAAUCUCCCGCACCCACAUCCACUACGAAAACAGCUACGACAUCGACAACGCCUGCGUCAUCCGAAACAAACCUACCAUCACCAAGGGUGGUCACAUCGGUGAACUCGAAACCGAUAGUCCGCCUAAAUUCUCCUGACUAUUUCACUGAGCCGACUAUCAAUGCAAUGAAGGAGAUGGUGAGUUCGAAGAAGUGCUUGAGAUUCUGCUAUUCAGCCGUAAGUUGUUCUAGGUUGUCAAUGGUAAAGUUGUUCUAA